CCUUAGGAUGGAUCAUUUCAAAGCUCUUUUCCAGCCUGCCCAAUCUGGUGCUAAUACUUAUCUCAGUCGGACAACAUUGCUUCUUGAUUGGGAGCUGCAAUUUCUUUCGUUAAAACCUGAGAUGGUCAGUGACUAUCGUGAAGUCCUUGAACUUAAAGAACCACUAUUAUCGGCGUCGGGGUUCCGUUGGUUUGCAAAGAAAUAUGAUUUGGAACUCAAGAUUUUAGAGAGCCUGAAAGAGAUUAAUCUUGGAUCAAAUGCAACUGGUAACAGGUUCUUGGUCACCACCGGUGACAAAGGGUAUACGCUGACGGGUCUGUGUUCGACGGUAAUCUCAAGGUGCUUUUCUCACGCACAUAAGGAUCAGAUCACAGCAGCUGGUUUACAAGUUCCAUCAAUUUGGAAUUUGCCCAACCCAGGACACUUCUUGACACCAGGUUUCAAGAAUAUUUUCAAGAAAAUCUGGGCUGCCGCUUAUCACAACAGUGUAUCUUUCAAGAAAACGGCUGAUCACAGGUUAUUUCGGUCUAUUGAGGGCUUAAGCCCAAGAUCAGUUCCAUUCUCCGGGCAAGAAAAUCUCGAGGAUUAUCUUUCGGAUAUGUAUAUCCAUGCUUUAGCAAAAAUACUUCAUCUUCCUGGUCACCCUACACUAAGUCUUCCUCAUGAUGAAAGCUACUCGGCACAACGCCAGAUUCAUGGUUUUAGCUCGUCUAAAGCUUAAAAUUUUCUUUCUAAGUCAACUUUGCUCAAUCCUUGGAUGCUUCAACUUGCUCGCUCACAACCUAAAAUUGUUUUUGAAUACCUUUCACUUCGCAAAAAGAAAUGUCCAAAGUCCAGCUAUGAGGGACGAAGUCCUGAAUCUGUAUGCGGUUGUGAGUUCUGUGAGUUUAGUAGGAGAUACGCAGUGCCACUGGGCAAGUUAAAAGUACCAUGUCGUUCUGAAGAGGGUGUAAGAUACAUGAUUACCACUGCUGAGACAGGUUACACUCUGAAGGGUUUGUCUCCCAGAAUAAUUUCGAGGUGCUUUUUUGAGGCAGACCAAGACCAAAUCAAAGCCUUAGGACUAGAGGUACCAUCGCUUUUGGAUAUUCCCCAGGAACACUUACUCAAACCGCUUUGUAAUGAUAUUUUGAAGGAAUUAGAAGUUGAUGCAGCUUCCCAUCCUCUCCCCAAUGUGGUGUACGUAUAUGCUUGGUCUAACUCUACAACGAACGAAGUUUGCGCCACACCGCUUGCUCGCAGCUCGGAUGAA